GAACGUAAAUGAUUAGACCCAGUGACCUCACAGCCGCCGCGAUAUAAAACGAUGUGAAUUAUGGAAUCGUCUAAGUAUUCAAAGAUGUGCCUUUGUCGGUGCCUUGCGGUGUUUCUUUUGGCUCCAUCGCUCGUCUAUUCAGCGGAAUGGACAGGCAAGUGGUUCCCGGAAAACCCCAAGUUGAGGUUGGCAACUGUCGAUAUUGCUAACGUGACAACAACACCAAACAUCACCGCAACAACGGCUUCUACUGCUCCUACGGUUCCUACUACCCCUACGAAUCCUACUACUCCUACGAAUCCUACAACUCCUACUACGCCCACGCCUCCUACUAUUCCCACCACUUCUGCUGCUCCUCCAACUCCGUCGACUGACAACGUUCUUGAUCUGGACAAUAUUGAUCAUUGGACAGGGAAGUGGUUCCCAGGCGAGCCAGGAAGUAGAGCAACGACUCCUAUGCCGUCAUCCGUCCCUUCUUCGAAACCAACAAUGGGACUACCGGAUGCAGAAUGUGAUAACGGGAAGGACAAUUUAGCGAUCGACUUCGAUCCAAUGAAUCUGACCGAUAGCGUUAUUUACGUAUGUCUAGGGAAGAAACACCUCUACAACCCAAACAUGACGGUAGAGCCGAUCCUCAGGGAACAUGAUAUAUCGCCUGCCUACAGGCCCCUUCACAAAUGCAUGGAGACUAAGAUAACAUACGAGCCCGGAAUCCCCACAUUUGGGACUCAUCGGCCACUCUGGGCAAAAUACGGCAUAUACAAGUAUGUGCCGCCACAGCGGUGGCUCCAUAACGUCGAGCACGGUGCAAUCGUAAUGCUUUAUCAUCCGUGCGCGAAUUUCAAUCAAGUGGAGCAAUUAAAAAUGCUCGUUAAAAAUUGCCUGUAUCGUCACAUCAUAACGCCAAGUAGUGGACUGUUAACGCCAGAGCGCCCUUUGGCGUUGGUAGCGUGGGGGAAAAGCUUGGAAAUGUCUGUAGUCGUUCCGGAGAUUGUGAUAAGGUUCAUAAAAGAAAAUGCCCUCCGCGGGCCGGAGAAAACAGCGACGAACGGCCAAUAUGAAAAGCUGCUUAUCAACCACGCAGAUGUUGUGUCGACAAUAGACGACAGUGUUCUAUGCCCGAAUCAUCCUAACGUAGUUUAAGGACGAAAGUCGAAAUCAUGGCGUGAGUGUUGUGGACGAUUGUAAGUUGAAACUAGGCUAAUCAAUUAUUUUUAUAUGCGAAGCUUUAUAAAGACAUUAACAGAGGAAAAUAAACGAAUUAACAUAAUAA